AUGGUGGCGCUCCACUGCGGUCGGGGGCUCAGGCCUCUGAUGCUGUCCUGGAGCCGGGAUCUGCCGUGCAUCUGGCGCGCCCUGCAUACCUCCGCGGUCUGCUCCAAGAACCGGGCGGCCCGAGUCCGAGUGGGCAAGGGGGACAAGCCAGUGACCUACGAGGAAGCGCAUGCGCCUCAUUACAUCGCCCACCGCAAGGGCUGGCUGUCAUUGCACACAGGUAACCUGGAUGGGGAGGACCAUGCUGCCGAGCGAACAGUGGAAGAUGUUUUCCUUCGCAAAUUUAUGCUGGGCACUUUCCCAGGCUGCCUGGCUGACCAGCUUAUUCUAAAGCGCUGGGCUAACCAGGUGGAGAUCUGUGCCCUGGUCCUGAGGCAGCUACCUGCACACAAGUUCUACUUCCUUGUGGGCUACAGUGAGACCCUGCUGUCCCACUUUUACAAGUGUCCUGUUCGUCUGCACCUCCAAACUGUUCCCUCAAAGGUUGUGUAUAAGUAUAUCUAG